AUGGGAGCAUUACAAGCAAAAGCGUAUUGUAAUGAAGCGCAAAUCCAAAUAAAAAUCACAGGACCAGACACAGAAAAUAAAGGCCCUCGAAGAAUUUCUGACUUUUUUGAGGCCUUAAGCUUAGCAUUUAUUUGCUAUUAUUGUGCCUUAUAAAUAUUUGAAUACCCGUAAAAUCGUCUACUAUUCACCACCGAAAGUUAAAUAGCAAACUGGUUUUGGCCUGCAAGUCAAGUCUACCGGCUUUAAAAUAUUUACAAGGCACAAUAAAAUUUUAAAGUGUUUUCCUUUUCCUCAGCAAGCCGGUCUAACAAUAAUGGCCUGAUAUAGAGGUUUCCUCUAUAUAGCGCUAAAAGCGCAGACAUUUUCCCAGGAGCUUUCCAAGUUCGUCGGACCAAAUCGCUUUUUGGUCCGACCAAGGCAUUGAUUUGGUGCAACCUACCGAUAAAUUCCGAUCAGAAUUUAUCGGCCUUACAGCGCCAAACAUAGGAAACUUCUAUAUUUUAACAUGCGUGUUGUGACAUCUCAUCCAUUAUACCUUGCAAGCAUUCAUGAAAACCCACCAAAAGGUCAAAGUCCUCAUGGUAUCAUUAUACCCUGUCCAAACUUGGUGUUAUGCAUACAAGUCCCCUCCUCGGGUGCUAGGUAGUAAAAACUAUAAUUCCUUCUUGGGCUACUGAAUUACCCUAUAAGGUAAUUUCAAUAUUGGUAUGUGGAUAAAGAUUUAGCUGAAAAUUGAACUAUGUAAUAAUAAAUUUGUGGUGAAGGAAUCGUUCUCAGAGAACUUAUUCCGGAUUUAGCUAUUUUAUUAUAUAAUUUAAGCUUAGCACAAAUUCCAAAUGAUAUCAUUAAUGGUUGUCAAUUCAAUCAUUUAAAUGAUGGUCUUUCUCUAUGUAAAGAGCCAGAUGAACUAAUGAGUUCUCAAGAAUCUUAAUUAAUUUAAGUCAGGCAGCUCAGAGAUAUUAUGGAUUUAUCCACCAAUUCCAGGCUUGUCACCAGAUAGUGUGCCCGAGCCUCCUUUUGGAUCGGACGAUUGUUCCUGUACCUCUGCUCUCCCUAUCUUCUUGAGCUGUUAAGGCGGUUGCAUCCUCUUAAUUUAAGGUUGUUCAGACUUGCUUGAGGUAUUUCCAACCUGAGCUGCCAACCAGAAAAUAUUAAAAAAUGAAAAGCCUAUUUUUUAUAGUUUUCCACCUAGGAAUAGUCUAUACUAUCCUUUCCAACUCAAUGUCGCUUGCCCCAAGAGACAAAAAUAAAACUGAAAUUGAACUUAGGCUAAGCUCAAAACACUGUCAGAGUUGUUUUUCUAGCAUCCAAUAGAUUUUUGAAAUAAGCGCUGGUCAGCAUAACUAAAUUAGUAUUUAAUGCUAACUGGCCUCUGGCUAACUCCAAAAAAGUCGCCAUAUUUUAAUAAUGAGUCUCAAGACUCAAAAAGCAGCCGAAAUAGCAUGUCUCUUGAACACACACUAAAAGACUGUUUCGGCAAUAUGAAUUGUAUCACAGACUUAUGUCCACGAUUUUCUUAUACUUAAAUUAAAUAAUUAAGAAAAUUUUUAAUGUAUUGUUUAUUCUUUUAGAGGAACAUAGAAUGGUAUAUCAAAUUGAUAAAUUUAGCAAUAAAUUUAAUAACGGAGAAGGGAAUUUUGUGGAAAUUUUAGAAGCUGAUUUUGAGGCAUGUGAAGUCCCUGAAGAAUGCAAUGAAAUGGAAUUAUAA